CGACGUCAACGUCUGAUCAAAGUACGUUGGCAACACUGUUUAUCAAGACGCUCUUCGUCUGCCUUCAUUUUCUUACGAUAAAAGAGAAUAAUCUGAAUUAUUUUCAGAAAAAUGGAAGAAAUUGGAAUAACCAGUGUGGACAGGGAAGAAAUUGAACCAAAGCCAGUUUUGAAUCUUCCAAAUCCUGAAGAUUCAGAAUUAGAAGAUUUAUACACAAAAUAUAAGAAACUGCAAAGACAAUUGGAAUUUCUUGAAGUUCAAGAAGAAUAUAUUAAGGAUGAACAAAAGAAUUUAAAAAAGGAAUAUUUACAUGCCCAAGAAGAAGUGAAGCGUAUCCAAAGUGUACCAUUAGUUAUUGGUCAAUUUUUAGAAGCUGUAGAUCAGAAUACUGGAAUUGUAGGAUCCACAACAGGUUCAAAUUAUUAUGUUCGUAUUUUAUCAACAAUUGAUAGAGAAUUAUUGAAACCUAGUGCAAGUGUUGCUCUUCAUAAGCAUAGUAAUGCCUUAGUAGAUGUUUUGCCCCCAGAAGCAGACAGUAGUAUAUCUAUGCUGAGACCAGAUGAGAAACCAGAUGUAACAUAUGCAGAUAUUGGUGGAUUAGAUAUUCAGAAACAAGAAAUCAGAGAAGCAGUUGAAUUGCCUCUUACACAUUUUGAAUUGUAUAAACAAAUUGGCAUUGAUCCUCCUCGUGGUGUUUUGAUGUAUGGACCUCCAGGAUGUGGUAAAACUAUGUUGGCUAAAGCAGUAGCACAUCAUACAACAGCUGCAUUUAUUAGAGUUGUAGGAUCAGAAUUUGUACAGAAAUAUUUGGGAGAAGGUCCCAGAAUGGUAAGAGACGUUUUCCGCUUGGCAAGAGAAAAUGCACCAGCUAUUAUUUUUAUUGAUGAAAUAGAUGCCAUUGCUACCAAAAGAUUUGAUGCACAAACUGGAGCUGAUAGAGAAGUACAAAGGAUUCUCUUAGAACUUUUAAAUCAAAUGGAUGGAUUUGAUCAAACUACAAAUGUCAAAGUCAUCAUGGCCACCAACAGGGCAGACACGUUAGACCCGGCCCUGUUACGGCCUGGCCGACUCGACAGAAAGAUUGAAUUUCCCCUGCCUGACCGUCGUCAGAAACGUCUGAUAUUCUCUACCAUAACAACAAAAAUGAAUCUGAGUGAGGAGGUCGACUUGGAAGACUACGUGGCGAGACCAGACAAAAUAUCUGGUGCUGACAUUAAUGCCAUCUGUCAAGAAGCUGGAAUGCAUGCAGUGAGAGAGAAUAGAUAUGUAGUUUUAGCCAAGGAUUUUGAAAAGGGUUACAAGAACAAUAUUAAAAAGGAUGAAUCUGAGCAUGAAUUUUACAAGUAGUACGAUAUGUAUUGAUAAAUUUAGUUUUAGUGAAUGUAAACAAUUUUAUAUUUGUUAACCAGUUUUCUUUAGAAAGAAUAAAGAGUUUAUGGCA